AUGCAGCCAAGACGAAUCAAGUUUGAUUCGGAAGUGCUCGAUGGACAAUUCGCAGGAAACCAGCUGUUCCAAUUUGUAAACUGUUCAGUUCUCCGAGAAGAUGGGCUCAAGAAGGAGCAUAUUUGGAUUCGAAAUGGACGGAUUCUGGAUGAGAGAACAGUAUUUUUCGAGGAGAAACGAAUGGCCGAUGUGCAGGUUGAUUGCUCCGGUCUGAUUCUUGCUCCAGGAUUCAUCGAUGUUCAAUUGAACGGAGGCUUCGGAAUCGACUUCUCCACCUAUAAUUCAGAUGACGAUGAGUAUAAAUCAGGACUUCUUACAGUUGCGAAACAGCUUCUAGCUCACGGAGUUACCAGUUUUGCACCAACAGUCAUUACCAGUUCUCCAGAGACCUACCACAAGGUUCUCCCACUACUCGAACGAACGUAUGCGUGGUCAGAAGGUGCUGGAAUUCUCGGUGCUCACCUCGAAGGACCAUUCAUUUCGGCUGAUAAACGAGGAUGUCAUCCCGAACAGCUUGUGAUCACAUCUUUCGGAUCAAAUCCAGCUGAAACGAUUGAAAAUAUUUAUGGAAGUACAAAAAACAUUGCGAUUGUCACCAUGGCCCCUGAACUGGAAGGAGCACAAGAAGCCAUAAAAUAUCUUGUUGCUGCUGGAACAACCGUCUCUGUUGGACACUCUUCUGCCAAACUUGGUCCAGGAGAAAUGGCCGUGACGUCUGGAGCAAAGAUGAUCACUCACUUGUUCAAUGCCAUGCAAUCGUAUCAUCAUCGCGAUCCUGGACUUAUCGGACUUCUGACUUCUUCAGAGGUGACUCCAGAUCAUCCGCUCUACUAUGGAAUAAUCUCCGAUGGAAUUCACACUCACGACUCAGCACUUCGAAUCGCAUACCAUACCAAUCCCGAUGGUCUUAUUCUCGUAACAGAUGCAAUCGCUGCUCUCGGAAUGCCUGAUGGAGUUCACAAGCUUGGAACUCAAACAAUUCAUGUGAAAGGAUUCGAGGCGAAACUUGAUGGAACAAACACGACUGCUGGCAGUGUUGCGAGUAUGCCAUAUUGUAUUCGCCAUCUUAUAAAAGCCACCGGAUGUACCAUUGAGUACGCUCUUCAGAGUGCAACUCAUAAGCCAGCAACUCUUCUCGGUAUAACUUCUGAGAAAGGUACAUUGGCCGUGGGAAGUAUUGCUGACUUCGUAUUGAUCGACGAGAAUGUCGACGUCAAAGCAACGUUCUGCUCGGGAAGUCGUGUCUUUCUCAAUAAGGAUUGA